AUUCUAAAAAGCAAAAGGUUUUGGUUGGCGUGCCUACAAAUAAGCAGUUGCGUUUAAAACCAGUAUUAAAGGAUGAGCCUCCUUUACCAGAAGAUAUCCCCCAAAACUUCAAGAAAAUAUCUAUAACCCCCUUGAAGUUUAGAAUAUACUCGCAUAAUAUCAAGAAUGGAGGAAAUCAUGUUCUUGUUCCUGGUGAGCAUGAAUGGUCACAACGUUAUCGUCCUCUCACUGCCUCAAUAAACUUCCAUGCAACUGUUCCUAAUACUAUUAUCGCAUUGCAAGAAGUGUACAAGUAUCAAAUGUUGGAUAUCAUCAAGGAACUAAAUAGAUAUUCUGAUGAUUGGGAUUAUUAUGGAGCAGGAAGAAUUGAUGGUGAAGAGAUUGGUGAAUUUGUUGCCAUAAUUUACCGUAAAAGUGAAUGGGAUUUAGUUUACAGUGAUACAAUGUGGUUAAACCAUAAGAAUCCGAGAAUGUCAAUUGAAGGCUGGGACGCUACGUAUCUUAGAAUUGUCUCAUAUGUUACAUUAAAGCAUAAAGCUACAAAUAAUUAUAUCAAUGUUUUCAAUACUCAUUUUGAUCACAUUGGAAUAAAUUCCCAAUUAGGUUCAGCCAACUUAAUUCUUGAACGAAUUGCACAAAUAAACCAAUGGCCAAGUUUCAUUGUUGGGGAUUUAAAUAGCGAGCCAAAACAUGAUGCAUACCAAUUAUUACGUCAACACAUGGCAGAUCUGGCAAGAUUAACCACCCCUUUUAAUAGAUAUGGUCAUUUGAGGUCUACAGUUACAGGAUUUGAAGGCGAGGUUUUGGUUGAAGGUGGGCAGAAUAUUGAUUAUAUUUUCGCCCCUAAAUAUACCAGUAAGAUUGAUAUGGAUCCUAAAUGUAGUACCUUGAAUCCAAAUUCACCAGAAAAUAAGAUUGAUUUACGAUUGACUGGGUAUGGAAUGUUGCAUUCAAAGUUUGAUGGGAUUUAUGUAAGUGAUCAUAGACCUAUAGUUGCUGAUUUUUCCAUGAAAGGAAAGUGUUAAGCUGCACAUAAGAAUAUAUACGUACAUAUUAUUUUUUUAAUAUAUCAUUAAUGAGAUG